AUGUUUGAGCUGUCGGGCAACGACGGCGCCCACCUGGAGACGCGGUUGCUGGCGCUGCUGGAGCGUCUUUGGCACAGCUCGCAGAUCCGCGAGGCGACCUACGCGCCCGACUCGCAGUCCGCCAAGUUUGCCCAGCUGCGCAACUACCGCGAGCACAUUACACUAGGGCUGCGGGCCGAUGGCGCCGGCUACAAGUACGACGUCAGCUUGCCGCUGCCCGUCUUCUACGAGGUGGUCGAGGUGAUGCGGCAGCGGCUUUUGGAGAAGGAGAAGAAUUCACAUGAGAAGCCCUUUUCCGUGACGCGCGUUUGUGGUUACGGGCACCUCGGCGACGGAAACCUCCACUUCAACGUCACCUCACCGACCUACCAACCGGCGCUGCUGGCCGCCAUUGAGCCGGCUCUCUACGAGCUGGUGGCCGCCCACGGGGGCAGCAUCAGCGCCGAGCAUGGCAUCGGCGCGAAGAAGCGCCCCUACCUGCGCUACUCAAAGAGCGCCGAGGCGGUGCGGCUGAUGGGGCGGCUCAAGGCGGAGGUCUUUGACGUCCGCGGGACGCUCAACCCGGGCAAGGUGCUCUGA